CCGAUUGGUAAACUUAAAGCUCUUAACAUAUUCUAACUCCCCAGAUUUUCUUGCCAUCCAAACACUCUCCCUAGGGUUUUGUAAAGAUUUCGCACGUUGCUUACACUUUAAGGAGACUAAGGUCUGUACUCUGAUUUGUUUUUUUUGGCUUUCCUUCGAGGUGGUUUACAGGUAUGCCUGGUGAUUCGGGGCCCCAAGCUCCAUUUAUUUAGGGUUUCGCCGGAUUUUCUGUCCAUUCCUCCUUCAAUGAUCUCUGUGAUGAACAAAGAUGGCGAAAUCGAUAGAAAAUCAGAUUCCAUUGAAGAACCUGAAGAUGUGAAAGGCAAAAGGAUCUCAGAAGGCGGCGUCGAUGGCGCUGAGGAUGAGAAAUGCUCAAAUUCAAGUUCGGACGAGGUUAAGGUAUCGGCAAUGGAGCUCGAUUCGGGAGCUCAAGAUGCCAAGGUUGGUUCCAAGGUUUUUGAGACUGGAAAAUCAGAUGAGACUAGGGUUAAGGGCGAGGUCCGUAAGGAGAGUGAUGAUGGAGAAAUGGAAUUGAAAGAUUCGGAUGCUAAGGUUGAAAUCUUGAGCGCCGAUGAACUCGAAGCUCGAGAUGAAGAAAGCGAGGGCGAGGAUGGUCGAAAGGAACGUGUAGAUGAUGAUGCACGUGGUGAGGCGGGAAAAGGUACAGUUUCUCAGUAUAAUUCUCUGUUGUCCGAAUUCGAUGAUUUUGUGGCUAAUGAGAAUAGUGGGCAAUUAGCAACUUCGAGGGCACUGCGUUAUGGGUUCGAAGUUGGUGAUAUGGUUUGGGGGAAGGUGAAAUCACAUCCAUGGUGGCCGGGUCAUAUAUUUAACGAAGCUUUUGCGACUGCUCAGGUGCGUCGAACCAGGAGGGAGGGUCAUGUAUUAGUGGCUUUCUUUGGUGAUAGCAGCUAUGGGUGGUUCGACCCGGCUGAGCUUAUUCCUUUCGAUGCUAAUUUCGCAGAGAAAUCACGGCAAUUGACUUCGAGGAGCUUUAUCAAGGCCGUGGAGGAGGCAGUGGAUGAGGUAAGUAGGAGGCGUGGUCUUGCUUUGGCUUGUAAAUGUAGAAAUCCAAAUAACUUUCGCGCAACAAAUGUUCAAGGGUAUUUCGCCGUUGAUGUGCCUGAUUAUGAACCACGGGCUGUUUAUUCAGCGAUUCAAAUUAGAAAGGCAAGAGAUAAUUGCAGGCCAAGUGAAAUCCUCUCUUUCGUUAAACAGUUGGCGUUGUCACCUAGCGUUGGUGAUGAGAAGAAUCUGAGUUUUGUGAAGAAUAAGGCCACUGUUUUUUGUUUUCGUAGGGCAGUGUUUGAAGAAUUUGAUGAGACUUAUGCUCAGGCAUUUAAUGUGCAGUCGGGACGUUCUUCUCGUGACCCAGUUGUUUUGCCGUCUCGAGCUCCUUUGAGCGGUCCAAUGGUGAUUGCAGAAACUCUGGGUGGUGGUACCAGUGCCACAAAACAUAAUAAAGUUAAGGACAGUACCAAAAAAGAUAGGUACCUCUUCAAGCGUAGAGAUGAAUCUGGUAACGCCAAAGACCAGCAAACAAGCCAGGAGCAACCGAGUUCCUCCGCUCAAUCAGCUUAUGUGGAGGGAUCAGUAGCAGUUGGAGAUGGGGAUUUUGUGUUACAGAAGAGAGCUUCACCUGUUUCUUCAAAGCCUCAGAUUUCAGAAAAACACGAACAGACUGGGUCUGUUAGCUUACCCGUUGCAGAUUCUAGUUCAAAUGUUGGAGAAUCUGUAAUUGUAGAUCAGGCACCUGCUAGGAGUUCUCUUGCCACCGAAGAUGUCAUUGAAGAUGAAAAGCCAUCUCUUGAUGAAGUGAAAGAAGAAGCGAAAGAAGGACCGAGAUCAGUGUCUGAUAGAGUAGAGAUUACCAAAACCACGGCCUCAACCGAUUUGUCAGGAAAUGGGACCGUGCCAUGUAUGAUAGAUGAUACAUCACAAUCCUACAAGCAGGAUUAUAAGCAGGAUGGUGAGGGCUUUGCUGAGUUUAAACGCGAGGAGAAUGUGAAAAUUUCUAGACCAGAUGAAGAUAUUCAACAAUCCCAGUUGAGUUCUACACCGGGAGUGGAAGGAAGCCAUGGAAUGGACCAGGUUCUGGAUGGUAGUAGUGUUGAAGGUCUACCAACUGAUGCAAAGCGUGUAAGUGGAAUGAGUGCUUCUGUUGGGGUGAAAAAGGCCAAAGCUAAACGUCCAUUGGAAGAAUCGAACUCCGAGAACUCAAUGACAGAGGGAAAGAAAAAGAAAAAAAAGAAACAGUUAGGCUCAGAAACAGGCUUCAGAGAUCCACAGAAGCAUUUGGUUUCUAAAAAAAGUUCCUCCACUGGAAAAAUAGGGGUAAAAUCAACCCAGAUUGGUUUGGCUGCUAAAGAGGAGUCAAAGGUAAAACAAUCUAAAAAAAUUUCUGCCAGUAACAAUUUGUCUGAUUCUGUUGGAAAUUCCCUACUGGUUGGCAACAUUGAACUUGAACUUCCAGAACUUUUGAGCGAUUUGCAAGCCCUUGCCCUUGAUCCUUUUCAUGGUUUGGAAAGAAACAGUCCUGCAAUUGUAAGGAAGUUCUUCUUGCGAUUCCGGUCCCUUGUUUACCAGAAAAGCUUAGUUCUUUCACCCCCAUCAGAGAAUGAAUCUAUUGAAGUCCGUCCCUCUAAAUCUGCUGUUGCUGUUGGAGCCUCUGAUAAUAACUCCUCUGAGCACGUUAGAGAUUUGCCAUCCUCAAAACCAGCAAAACCCACUUUCCGAUCUGAUGAUCCCACUAUAGCUGGACGGAAACGGGCCCCAUCAGAUCGUCAAGAGGAGAUUGCAGUGAAGAGGUCCAAGAAAAUUAGCGAUAUAAAAUCCUUGGCAGCGGAGAAGAAGGCCACCCCAAAAACUUCAGAAGUGCAACGUGGAGAGGGAAGAGAAUCAGCGGUUCCCCUUGUCCGAAGAAACAAGCCAGACUCUGCUAAAAGAUUCGAGCCUCCAGCUAAGGUAGUUGAACCCACUAUGCUGGUAAUGAAGUUCCCUCCAAAAACGUCUCUCCCUUCCCCAGCAGAACUCAAGGCAAGAUUUGCACGUUUUGGGCCGAUGGAUCAGGCAGGUCUAAGGGUAUUCUGGAAAUCUACCACGUGCCGAGUUGUUUUCCUUCACAAAUCCGAUGCUCAAGCAGCUUAUAAAUAUGCCAUAUCAAACAACUCUCUAUUUGGAAACAUCAGUGUGAGGUUUUACGUAAAGGAAGUCGGAACUCCAGGACCGGAAGCUCCUGAAUUGGGGAAGAGCCAAGGUGAUGAUAUUUACAAUGAUGCCCCACGAGCUGCCAAGGAUCCUGCUGUCUUACAACGACCGUCGGUGCCACAGCUGCAGCCGCAGCCUGCUGUCCAACUCAAGUCCUGUUUGAAGAAGUCUACCGGUGAUGAGUCAGGGCAGUUAACCGGAGCUAGUGGUAGCAACAAGGGUGCCACCCCACGUGUUAAAUUUGCAUUGGCUGGUGAGGAGAGUACAAGUAGGGUUGUCGACCAAGCGGCCGCUAUUAGAAAUAUCUCCAACAACAGCAAUGCUAGUUUUGCUGAUAAUGGUACACCUCCUUCUACUAUUGCAAUGGAUUUUAGUGUAAGAAACUUUCAAAAGGUCGUUCCUUCACCAUCUCCCUCGUCUAUUCUCCCUCUCCCUCAAUUUGCGAAAGCACCACUUAAUAAUUUACGUCAUCCUGAUAUGAUGGCACCCAGAAACACUCCUAUUGCACCACCACCACCCCCCACCAUUGACAUUUCUCAGCAGAUGUUAAACCUCUUGACGAGGUGUAACGACGUCGUGACCAAUGUCACGAGCUUAUUGGGCUAUGUGCCGUACCAUCCUCUUUGAAUUUAAUCAGUUAAAAAAGGAAAGGAAUUCGGCCAAAAACUCAAACCCAAACAAAGCUCCAACAUUUGGACUAAAGUUGAGAUGAGUCAAUCAAUGGGAGAAGAGAAGAGAGAUUGCUUUGUAUUGAAAAAGCUUCGUCGUGACUCAUUAUUGCCCUCCACAUUUGUUUGAACCAAAUAGAAAAAGGAAAAUGGGGUCAAGAGCUGUUUGAGAAUCAAAGUUUAGGGAGCCAAUUUUUUUAGGAUUAAGGCUCAAAAAUGUUGUGUAGAAGUAGAUACUUUAACAUGUAAUUUGAUGUAAUAGUGGCAUGGUGAUGAUGCAUGUAUCUGCUUUCGUUCGUUUUUUCUUUUUGGUUUAUUGAAACUGAUAUACUUGCCUUGGUGGGUUA